AAGUAAAGCAGCUGAGACUAAGCUAGGGCUAAAAUGAUAGGUGGAGCAAGAGAGGUAUUAAGUUUUACCUGAGAAUGUGAAAAAUGUGAAUCAACACUUCAGGCGUGAUAUAAAGGACGAGCACAAAAUGGACAACAUUUCAUCGACCUUAUCUUGGAUAUUGGUCUUCAUCAUGGGCAUAGAAUUCGUCGUCUCUUUAAUUCUGAAUAUCAUACUUUUGAGACUAAUCAUUGUGGUUCUCGGCGGCAGACUUCGUCAUCCUAAGCUCAGACAUUUCUUAGUAAGUUUACUGUUUGUCAAUUUCUCAUUAACUGUUGUUGCUCUUCYUAUAUGGAUCUAUGUCCUUGCUUAUGAUAUUGUGGAGAUCAGCUCGUCAAUAACGUAUAAAUUCAGUGCCAUAUUCUACUACACAUUCGAUCUUUUCUAUGGAGUUUUGGUUGUUCUCCAUAUAGUCGUUUUAAUGACAGAAAGACUCUAUGCAAUUGGUUGGCCAAUUCAACACCGAAUCGCUGCUGAUUUACCUGAUUAUUUGACUUGCGCUGUCGUAUGGUUCCUGGCUGUUUUGUUUUCCUUGGUAGCUAUUGUAGUUUAUCUAUAUCAGAACUUUAAAGGACUUGCAUUGGUGGUAGCUGUUAUUUGCUUUCCAUUUCCUUUAUUGAUAGUGUUGGGCAUUUUUGUUGCCAUACUAACAAAGAAAAUGAAAUCGCUUUCUUCUGAAAUAAGGAACAAGGAAUUCAGACUUGCAACGAUGGUCGCCUUAAUAGCAUUGUGUUUUACAGUUUUUUGUGUUCCGCUUCAUGUAAUAAAUGCAGUUUAUCACACCUGCACUGCUUGCAAUAUUCCUUACUUUCAGACAAUAAUGUCAUUAAGAUGUCUACAGUAUUCAUUUACUAUCGUCAUUGAUGUCAUUUUUUUGUUUUGUAUCGGUGAAUUUCGGUCGCGAGUUGCUUGGUGUUUCUUCAAAUGUUGCUCUAUCAAUGAACAUUCUGAGAAUGAUCUAUUUCACAUGGAUAUACCAGRUGUGCCAUUUUCAAACCAAUCAAGCUCCCAGUGUACUCUGACCAGAGCAUCUCAUAAUGGAACCAUCGCCCAAGAGCAAGYCGAGCUUAGCUUUACAAAUGAUGAAAAGUGAAAUUAAAAAUUCGUUGGACUAAGCAAGCAUAUUCAGAAUAAAAAACAUGUGAAUGAUAAGUUUGAAAGCUGGUUCAGAUAGUGGCAGGAAAAUGAACAUUAGUAUAUACCUACGCCGGAACCUGCAACGAUGGCGUGUACUCAUUAUUUAUAUAUUGGUUCGCUAUUGAGAUCUAACUUAUAUGGCUCAUAACAUAUCUUUUGUUAUGAUGAAACUUUAAGUUCUAAAAUUAAAUCGCUUCACGCUAAAAUAAAUCAUAAAUAUUUGAUUUUGCUUACUAAA